GCCAAAUCCUCUUUAUCUUUAUAUGGUGUUUGCGAUGUCUGCUCCUCUAAUGCCGAAACGAUGGUGACGUUGCCCAAUGAAACAUUUUUGAUAGAAAAAGUUCCACAAACGCAAACCUAUCAGGGAUCAGAGUCGAUUUUAAAAAGCCCGAAAAUUUGCUUUUCACAUCACUGUUGCCGGUUGGGUGAAAUGAACACACAUCAGAUCCUGCUACAGUUGAAAGUGACUCGAAGGCGAAAUGUUUUACUUAAAAAUGAAAUUCUCUUGAUGCCAUUGGAAUGGGGAUACAACGAGGAAAACGGUCCAGAAAAAUGGCAGCACAGUUAUCCAGAGGCGGCUGGAGCCCGACAAAGUCCCAUCGACAUCAGGGCUGUUGAUCUGCAAGCCUUCAACACCAACAGGAAACUCAGCUGGAAUUACGUCCCGGAGAACACCAAGGAAGUGUCCAAUCCGGGAUAUUGCUGGAAAGUCAGCGUCGAUGGAACAGGAUCAAAUUUGUCGGGCGGUCCAUUAGACGGUACGUAUGUGCUGGAGCAGUUCCACUGCCAUUGGGGCCAAACCAAUGAAGAAGGAUCUGAGCACACAGUGAACGGGGAAAAAUAUGCUGGAGAACUGCAUCUGGUGCAUUGGAAUUCCUCCAAAUACUCAUCCUUUGCUGAAGCUGCCAAAUACCCGGACGGCCUGGCGGUCUUGGGAGUGUUCCUCAAGGUCGGCAGGAAGCACUUGGAGCUGGAUAAAAUCGUUUGCCAGCUGAACAAAGUGCAAUUUAGAGGCGAGCAUGCAAAAAUUCUGGUCCCCCUGGACCCAGGGGCUCUGCUGCCGGAAAACAGCGGUUACUACACCUAUUCGGGGUCUUUGACCACGCCCCCAUGUUCCGAAUGUGUGGUCUGGAUUGUUUUCAAAGACCCGGUGGAAAUAUCCCAGGAGCAGUUGGACACAUUUAGAGCUCUGAGGUGCUACAGUAGCGAAGACCUUUGCCCAUGCGAUGAGUACAAGGGCUUUGUGAAGAGCAACUUCAGACCCACGCUGCCUCUGGGACAGAGGGAGGUGAAGGAGUGUAGGCAAUAACAGAAGGCGUUGCAUACAACCAUGAUCUUGUAGUUUUGCUUGUCACAUAGAUGAAUUUAGUACCUACAUUUCAUUAUGUCUGAGUUAUUCGCAAUUCGUAGUCCGGGGUUUUCCGACUGGAAAAUCUGGAUGUACUGAAAUUCUCAACUGUGGUGGAUGAAGCCAAAUAUUUUUACGCACUUUUUCCUGAAAAAAGUUUUGCGGGGUUUUACGCAUGCCAACAGAUAAGGGUGGUUUAUUGCAAAAGGAUGGGGGACUUCAGGAGGGUUGACCAACAUGCCUCCAAAUGGGAGACGCUUGGUGAAGUCUUUGUAAUAAACAGUACUUAGCCCA